UGAUUAUCAUGGCAUUCAAAUGAUUAUUGUGGUUAUCGUUGUUAUUAGUUUAGUAGUUAUUACAGCAUUUAUUCUAAUUAAAAAUAGAAAAAUGACAAAACGUAAAUCCAAAAGACCCGGUGCUGCCAUUGAAGCCAGUUGUGAAUCGGUAGUAGCUAUUAGUCGACCACUAAAUUCAAUUGUCAAUAGCGGGAGACCAAUGAAUAUCAAUUCAAUGAGUGAGGAAUCAAUGGUUUUACAACAAUCGGAUUUUUCUCCGCAAGUCGUAAACGCUGUCAUUGAAAAUGACAAUAAAAUUAGAGAGUCGUUGAUCUCAGACAAUGAAGUGCCACCCAGUUAUGAUGAGGCAUCACAUCUACCAUCACUUUCAUCUUAAUUCAAGUUUAUCAUCAAUAUUGUCAACUAAUUGUCACCACAACCCAUACAUAACAUU